GGUGGGGGGGACGCCGGCAGUUCCCCGCGGCAGGGCGGGGUGGUCGAAUGAGCUUCGUGUCCCUCCUCCGGUGACAGCGUGGUCACUCAUCUUCCUGAGAUGAUCCGCUCGGACUGUCAUGGUCUCCAACACAGCACUCCAGAGAGACCAGCUCACGGAUACGUUCAAGACCCUCAUUCAGCUCCGCCAAGCCCUGGAGGUGUUUCUCUCCCUCAGAUGAUCAGCUGUGGUGAAACACAACUCUGACCUCUGCUUUCCGUCACUCUAGGACUUGGCCAACAUUUCCACAAGCUUACGCCUGCUUGGAAAGAAGAGAGUAGCUUUCUCAUGCCACAACCCCGUCUCCCGUUUGCCAGAUCCACCCAGAACCCUGCCUGUAUUCAGAAGACAGAAAGUCCUCUUUCUCCAAAAGACCCCUCCUGUCCCCAGGAUAUGGACCCAUUUGCUUGCAAUGACCUGGAAUCCCUUAUACCAACCAUUCUUGAUUCUCAGGAAUCAGUGACUUUUCAAGAUGUCGCUGUGGACUUCACUGAGAAGGAGUGGCCCCUGCUGGAUUCCUCCCAGAGGAAACUGUACAAGGAUGUAAUGUUGGAAAACUAUAGCAAUCUCACGUCCAUAGGGUACCAUGUUGGCAAACCCAGCCUGAUCUCACACUUAGAGCAAGAACUGGAGCCACGGACUGAGGAGAGGGGAAGUCCAUCAGGCAGAUGUCCCGAUCGGGAAGCUCCAGCUACAACCAAGUGGUCAAGUCUUAUGAAAAAUAUUUUUGGGAACGAGGCGGCCAAUGUCGUUACGGUGGAAAGUCGGCAUCCUCGAGAGACAUCCCCUGAAUAUAGUCACGUGUGGGAAGCCUUCAGCGUGGGAGCCCAUCUCUCUCAGCGCACUGGGAAGACCACCAGCAAGAGACCCAGUUACCGCCGGGACCGUGGGGUCACCCUUCAGACCCGGUCACCCCUCACCCAGCACCCAAGCAUCUACAACGGGAGAAAAAUGCACGAGUGUCACCAGUGCCAGAAGGCCUUCACCACCAGCGCUUCCCUCACACGGCACAGGAGGAUCCACACCGGGGAGAAACCUUACGAGUGCAACACCUGCGGUAAAGCAUUCAACGACCCCUCUGCCCUCCGGAGCCACUCGAGAACUCACCUCACGGAAAAACCCUUUGACUGCAGUCAGUGCGGGAACGCCUUCCGCACCCUCUCCUCCCUCAAGAUACACACACGCGUUCACACCGGGGAGAGGCCUUAUAAGUGUGAGGAGUGUGGCAAGGCCUACGGCCGGAGCUGCCACCUCAUCGCUCACAGAAGGACACACACCGGCGAGAGGCCCUACGGAUGCCACGACUGCGGGAAGGCCUUCCAGCACCCGUCCCACCUCAAAGAGCACGUCAGGAACCACACGGGAGAGAAGCCCUACGAAUGCACGCUGUGUGGGAAAGCCUUCCGCUGGAAGUCCAACUUCAACCUGCACAAGAAGAACCACACGGCGGAGAAGACGUAUGAAUGUAAAGACUGCGGCAAGUCCUUCGGGGACCUCUUGACCCGGAGGAAACACAUGAGAAUCCACAUCGUGAAGAAGCCGGCAGAAUGCAGACAGUGUGGGAAAACCUUCCGCAACCAGUCGAUCCUAAAGACACACAUGAACUCCCACACGGGGGAGAAGCCUUAUGGAUGCGACCUGUGCGGGAAAGCUUUCAGCGCCAGCUCCAACCUGACAGCCCACAGGAAGAUCCACACCCAGGAGAGACGCUACGAAUGCAGCAGCUGCGGGAAAGUCUUUGGAGAUUACUUAUCCAGGAGGAGACACAUGAGCGCCCACCUGGUCAAGAAGCGUGUGGAGUGCCGGCAGUGCGGGAAGGCCUUCCGCAACCAAUCGACGCUCAAGACACACAUGAGGAGCCACACGGGAGAGAAGCCCUAUGAGUGCGACCACUGCGGCAAGGCCUUCAGCAUCGGCUCCAACCUGAAUGUGCACAGGAGGAUCCACACCGGGGAGAAGCCCUACGAGUGCCUUGCCUGUGGGAAAACUUUCAGCGAUCAUUCGUCCCUUCGGAGCCACGUGAAGACACACCGGGGAGAGCAACUCUACGUCUCCUCAUUGUGGAAGAGGCUCCAGUGAUUUGAUUUUUUGUCUUGUUUUUCUCUCGAGAAAAGCAGAGGGCUCACACUGGAAGGAGAAUUCUGAUAGGGGAAGGAAGCUCUUAUGAACUCAUCUUCUUGGCCACGUGCAAGACGUCUUGUCUGGGAAGAAGUCAUGUUUGUGUAAAUCAGUCACACAGAUUACACGGGUUUUCUACUCUUAUUUUUAUUAUUUUGUUAUGAUUUUGGAGAAUCAUGAGAACUCAAGCUACAGAAGAAAAUGUAUUUCCAAUGUUGGGGGGUGGGGAGGGGGUGGGCAGUGGUACACUGGGUUAAGUGCACAUAGCACAAAAGCAUAAGGACCCAGACAAUAAGAAGUCAUAUUUGUGUAAAUCAGUCACACAGAUUACAUGGGUUUUCGACUCUUAUUUUUAUUAUUUUGUUAUGAUUGGAGAAUCGUGAGAACUCAAGCUACAGAAGAAAAUUUAUUUCCAAUGUUGGGGGGCGGGCAGUGGCACACUGGGUUAAGUGCACAUAGCACAAAAGCAUAAGGACCCAGACAAGGAUCUCGGUUUGAGCCCCCUGGCUCCCCACCUGCAGACUUCACAAGCGAUGAAGCAGGUCUGCGGGUGUCUCUCUGUCUCUCUCCCGACCUCCCUCUCCCCUCUCACUCUCUUCUCUCAAUUUCUCUCUGUGUCCUAUCCAAUAAAAUGGAAAAAAUGGCCACCAGGAGUAGUGGAUUCAUAGUGCUGGCAUUGAGCCCUCAGUGAUAACCCUGGAGACCAAAAAUAGAUAUGUUUCUAGUGUGGAGAGGCCAGCUGUGUACAUUUUAAUUCCUCACUACAUGCUGAAUGAGGGAAGGGAACCUUUGCUUGGUAUUCUAAUGUGGACAUGUCUUGUACCACCUCCAGGCCCCCUAUAAUUGCUGAUUUCAAAUGCACUAUGACAAGAGCAUGGCAUAUCAGAUGAACCCACUAGAAAGUUUCCAGCCUCCUAUCUAGCUGAGAGUAGUGAAUGCUUCCUCUGUAUCUCUUCUGCCUUUCUCAAGAACCCCCCCCCCCCUUUUUCUUUUAAAUCAGACCAGACAGGUGUUCUAAUCUCUAAAGCGUCUCACAGGUUCUCUCUGUUCUGUUGACCUCCAGCCUCAUAACAGCACGUUUACAUUGCUCAGCUCCCAGUUGCUUUUUUGUUUUGUUUUAACCUGUUACUUAUCGGAUAGAAAUAGCCAGAAAUCGAAAGGGAAGUGGGUGAUAGGGAGAGAGACACCUGCAGCCCCUGCUUCACCACUUACAAAGCUUGCCCACCCCCUCCGCAGGUGCAGACUGGGGGCUGGAACCUGGGCCCUUGUGCAUUGUAAUGUGCGGUUUAACCGGGUGCACCAUAAGAUAUAGUGGGACACGAGCCCGGGAGAGACACUCCAACUCCAGAGCUCUCCCUGCUACCAUAGCAAAAACCCUCUGGCUCUCCAAGCCUCACAUGGCAACAGAACCUUGCUGCAGGCAGAAUCAGGAACUUGGCGUCAGCUUACCCCUCCCCACCCCAAACUUCUUCACUGGUCCUCUCGCAAUGUAUAAAGUCCAAGUGACAGUGCCUGGCCAAUAUGCCACUGUAUAAACUGAUAAAAGCUGUUAAAAAAAAAAAAAAAGUAUGGGUUAUUUACACCUGGGUUGUUUUUUUUUUUUACUUUUUAAAGAUAUUAUCUUUACUUAUUGGAAAGAGACAGCCAGAAAUUAAGAGGAAGGGGGAGAUAGAGAGGGAGAGGAACAGAGAGACACCUGCAGCCCUGCUUCACCACUUGCAAAGCUUUCCCCCUACAAGUGGAGGCUGAGGGGGCUUGAACUUGGAUCCUUGCACAUUGUAAUGUGUGCUCAACCAGGCUGUAGAUGAAGGGGUUUAGCAUGGGGGUGACCACCGUGUACAUCACUGAGGCUACCGAACCCUUCCUGGAUGGAUGAGCUGCUCCAGACGUGAGGUAGACCCCAAGGCCUGCACCAUAGAACAAAGAGAUGACAGAGAGGUGAGACCCACAGGUAGAAAAUGCUUUAUACUUUCCCCGGGUUGAGGAAAUACCCAUGAUAGAAGAGAGAAUUCUAGAAUAAGAGAAAAGGAUUCCCAUCAGGGGAAUUACACCCAAUAGGCCAGUAACAAAAUACUGCAGGAUGUCAUUGACGAAGGUGUCAGAACAGGCAAGCUUGAGGAACUGUUGAAGUUCACAGAAGAAGUGGGGGAUUUCUAUCUCUGUGCAAAAGGACACUCUCAGGACCAUCAGACUCUGCAGCAAAGAAUACGUCAGGCAGAUCCACCAGCAGAGCAGGAGCAAGAGGCCACAGAGCCUUGGGUUCAUGACGACGGUGUAGUGCAGGGGGUUACAGAUGGCCACAAAACGGUCGUAGGCCAUCACUGUCAGAAGUAAGUCAUCCAGCCCUGCAAAAAUCAUGAAAAAGUACAUCUGGACAAGACAGCCUUCGUAGGUGAUGGCUUUAUCCUGUGUCUGAAUGUUUGCCAGCAUCUUGGGGACGGUGGUGGAGGUGAAACAGACGUCAACGAAGGACAGGUUGGAGAGGAAGAAAUACAUGGGGGUGUGGAGGUGUGGGUCAGAGAUGGCAGCCAAGAUGAUGAUGAGGUUCCCUGUAACACCCACCAAGUACAUGAACAGGAAUGCCCCGAAGAGGAAGGGCUCCAUGUCCUUAUCUUCUGAAAGUCCCAGGAGAAUGAAGUUUGAAAUGACUGUGUGGUUACCUGCUCCCAUGUGCACUUAGGGAACUGGCCUGAAAGAGACAAGAAUAGUGUUAAAAGUGUAUCAGCCCACUGUUAAAAUUCAGUCUGAGCCCGCAUUCUGUGGUCAUGAGUAGGAAUGUUCCAAGCUGCCCCAUCUUCAGAACCCAUCUUCCUCAGGUGGUAGAUAGGUGGUAGAUCCUUCAGAGGAUGGAACAUUCUCUACUGUUGUUGAUCCACAUUGAGGGCAAGGUCCUAUGGGGGUCCACAAAGGGGUCUCAGAUCUACAGGGAUGCAGAGGUCACAUAGGCUCCUAAGUUGAAUAUGGGCCCCAGAUCACAUCAAAUUGAUGGGGUCUACAGUCAACAAUAUUUAUAUACCUUUCCAUAUUAGGGAGCUACUCUCUUCCCUGAUCCAGCUUUCUGGUCCUUUUUGUAGCCAUGACAUCAUCUCCCCAGACAAUAACUUGGGUCCACCUACAUAUCAGAUGUCAGGCUCAGAAAAAAAAAAAAAAAAAAAAAAACACUAGUGUAGUCUUUGGAAUAUAACUAAAACAGGCCUACUAUUUAUCUACAAAACGGAGACCCCCAAAUCUUCAUCUGCACUAUUCCAACCUUUAGGUUCAUGAUUAGUCAACAAUGUGUUUGGCUUGAUAUGUUAACUCUUUUUAGCCAUCAUGCUACCAUGAUGCCAACCUAGGUAGAUGACCCCACCAAUGUGUCCUGGAGCCCUGCUUCCCCAGAUCCCUGCCCUACUAGGAAAGUGAGAGGCUGGGAGUAUGGAUCAACUUGCCAAGGCCCAUGCUCACCGGGGAAGCAAUUAUACAGAAGCCAGACCUUCCACCUUCUACACCCCACAAUGACCCUGGGUCCAUACUCCCAGAGGGACAAAGAAUAGGGAAGCUAUCAGGAUAGGGGUUGGAUAUAAAGUUCUGGUGGUGGGAAUUGUGUGAAGUUGUACCUCUCUUAUCCUAUGGUUUUUGUCAGUGUUUCCUUUUUAUAAAUAAAAAUAAAAAAAAUUCAAUCUGA